CCCAACCUCCCUCAGUCCAUGUCCCCAACACUGUGCAGAGCAGCCCACAGCCCACAGCAGCACAGGGGCCUGGCCUCUCCUGGGAGCAGCAUCCAGAAGAUGUAGGGUGGUCACUCCCAGAGAUGCUUCAGGGAAUGACUGUCAGGAGCCAGGCCCAAAGAAAGAUUACACAACAGGAUCAGUUUUUGGCAGCAACUAACAGCAAACAGGGUUUCCUGCAUCACCUCUGGCCAGCAGUGAUUAGGGACACUGAAGGGAUUACCCAGAGUCACUGGCAGGCCAAAGGCUGUCCAUCACAGACCACACCCCACUGCUUCACAUAACCCAGAAAGUCUCAGCUCCCCAAGGAGCAGUUAUUUAAGGACUCGGACUGCAAGUAAAGAAGGAAAGACUGGAGGCACCGGCUCAGCAUUCUCUUGAAGAAGGCUCAGUAUGAAGGUCUUGCUGUUGGCAAUGAUCCUGAACUUUGGUCUGCUGAGGGCUGAUGAGUCCUCAUGGAGUUUGGAGAAAAUGAUCACAAUGGCUACUGGAAAGGAAGCAGCACAUGCUUAUGGCCAGUACGGCUGUCACUGCGGCUGGGAAGGAAAAGGGUCCCCUGUGGAUGCCACAGACAAGUGCUGUGUUGCUCUUAACUGCUGCUAUCACAAUCUGGAGAGAGCUGGGUGCAAUCCCAGAUCAACCACCUACAACAUUGACUACAAAUGGAAUCAUAUCAGCUGUGUGAAAGCAAACUUCUGUAGCAAUAAAGUGUGUGAAUGUGAUAAAGCUGUGGCCAAAUGUCUUGCAAGAAAUAAGAAAACUUUCAAGAAGAAAUAUGAAAAAUAUGACCACAACAACUGCAAAGGAGUGAACCCAAGGUGCUAGGCCAGUGGACACUCAAACCUCAUCUGCUCCUGCUGGGUUUCCUUCUCUUGCACCCCCAUCCCAUGUCCCAGCCCCUGUCCUACAAUGAAGAACCACCCCCUCUCUGCUCAGAGUCCCUUCUAGCUCCACACAGGAGCCUGCAGCCUGGGGCAGGUGUGUCUCAUCUCCUUCCCACUUGCUCUCAGCCAGCAGGAAAUUCCCCCUUUCCCACUCUUCUGCACCAAGUCCUACUCUCUCCUUAGAAUGGAGAAGCUGCAUUUCUUGGAUGGUCUUCUCAAUAAAGCAACUGACUGGA